AUUAUAUCAAGUGUAAAACAGCGGUUGAUUUGAUUGAGUGCCGGAGGAACACCUUUGGCACUAGUAGAGGGCAACAUCUUGUAUCAAAUUGCUCGUUCCCGCUAGAAAUGUAAACCGUGUAUUGUUCAUGUAAUACGAAUUCAAAUGUUUACGACUCGUGUCCAAAUACUCUUUUAAAUCAGUGCACCUACGCGUAUUUAUUUAAUACGAUCAUAAAUUCGUUUUAAUUUUAAACAGCCAGCAGUAACCUAACAAACCAUGGAGGACACAAUCUCACAGAAUUUAGCUAAUAUACUCAGCACCCUGACUAUACUGUCAUGCCUCUUCCUCAAAGUGCCACAGAUUAUGUACAUAAAACAAAAGAAAUCGGCAGAGGGAAUCUACAUACAGGCUAUGCUUAUGGAAAUAUUUGGGUUCUCCAUAAUGACAUUAUACAACUUUACAAACAACUACGGCAUCAUGACGUACCUGGAGUAUCCGAUAAUAUUGUUGCAAGUGUACGUGAUGUUCUACUACGUGCUCAAGUUUAAGAAAAUGCUGGCUUCUUCGGCAGUACCGCUCAGUACUCUUGCGUACUUCUCAGCUGUCAUUGGUUUCGUGACGGGUGCUCUACCGAAGGCUUUGCUUGGAUAUCUCGUGCCAUUUUGUACUCCUCUGAGCGGCUUCGCGAAGGUAACAUACAUCUACGGAAUUAUCAAAGAACAGAAUUCUGACGCGGUUUCGCUGACAACAUGGGUGAUAUCCGUCUCCACAAAUUUAGCUCGCAUAUUCACGGUCUACGUGGACUCGGCAGACUUUAAGCUGUUGCUGAACUUCUUGGUGUCAACACUCCUGAGCUCUGCAGUGCUGGGAACAGCCAUCUACUACAAGAAGUCGAGCACCCCACAACCACCGACCCGGUCCCGAAGAAAGUCUAUCGCUCAACACAACCAUUCCGAUUAGGUUUGCUAUAUUAUAAUAGGUACAGAACUAUUUCACAUACGGCCAGUCUAAACAAACUAUCUGAUAUUUAUCUUCUUUAUCGAAAGUCCUUGAGAGUGAACUGGACCUCCUGUAUAAAAGAGAUAGCCAUUAUCUCCACGGUUGAAGGAAAGAAACGAGAACCGCAUUCGGCGUUAUGAUUGUUUGGUUCAUUGAAGGCGGCCAAUCAGAGCGCUGAAUGUUCUCGGUAAACGUAUAAGAAAUUCGUACUAAUGGUACAGAUUAUCAGAGAACACAGCUGCCUAGUCUAGUUAAAUAUUUAGCCCCUUAAUCGGCUUCAACGACACCCGCGGAGAAGUGUAGGGCAGGUGACAAUUGUUUUACCUUGCCGUAACUAUUUAUUGUAAUAUUAGAUUCUACAGCGCCUAAGCAACCAUCGUGUGGUGUCUAUAGAUAGAUUUUUAACACAAUCUCUGUAUAAAAACCAACUUAAAAUAUAAAUGCGUUAUAAAGACUGGCCGCUAGUGAGAACAUAAUUUUUUAAAUGUUCCUCGGUUAUGAUAAGUAUGUGAUAAGGCCACGCUAGCGCUCGUAGGUGAUUCGCUAAAGCAGAACUAAUAAUCGUUUGACAUGCCUGCAUGCGUGUACAUAUUAUUAUAAUACUACACUUGGUUGCAAAGAAACGAAACCAUUAGCUUUUUUCUUUUUCAUUUCUUAAUAAAUAUACCCUGAUACAUGUAUUUUAUUCAUUAGUCACGUAUGUCGUAUAACUGGCAAUUUAGUUAUCUUUAAAAUUAUGCCUUUUGUUGGUAAAAUAUAAUACCUACUAAUUUUUUUUUGUUGUAGAUCGUUCGAUUAAAUAAAAUAAAACGCUAGUGGCCCCAGUUCUUUGCUCCAACGUGUAUACGGGGUGUUAAAGUAACGCUCUUGAAAAACUCUGAUAUAAAAUAUAGUUUUUACAAUUUUAGUUUUGAUCGAUUUUGUUUACAUUUUUUUUCAUGCAACAUCAGCCUUUAGCGGUUGAUUACAACUAUUAUUACCUACAUAAAAGAUACAUUUAAUUCCUUACUUUUAUAUGAAUGAAACUAGUCUUUGCCCAUCAUUUGUCGGCAUUUUUCGGCAGCGUUCCUAUUACACCCUGAAUUAUGUAUUGUAUACUGCUAUAUAGAUAGUAAAAAAUUGAUACCCUACAACUACAUAAUUGUGAACCAAGUUGUUAUAACAACGACAUGUGGGCUUGUACAACGUUUUAGAUCUGUUUCACAAUAUGAAUUAUUAAAUUAAGAGUAACUUUAUCAAGCCCCUUAUUGUAGAACAUUCUAGAACUAUUCAUCUCUCUAUUCUUAGAUAAUCAUCUUUUCUUCCUACUCUAUCAGUACAUGAUAAAAUUACUCGUACACCUCCCCUUUUUAACUAUUUAUAAUACUCUUUAGAAUGCGAAAUUGCGUAUGUAUCCGAUUUUGGAUUUUAUUGCAACUCAAAUUGAAAAUUCUCAUUAGUUUUUAAACCGACUUCAAAAACAGAGCAGGGUAGGUAACAAAAGAACUUUAUGAUUCGAUUUCCAAGCAACUUCAUAGAAAAAAGGAUAUUCUCAAUUGAUCUUUUUGUAUGUGUUUGUCCUCGAUUAUCUCGCGAUAGGCUGAAUCGAUUAUAAUACGGUUUUCAGAAAAAUAUCUGUGACACUUAAAAGGUUUUAGUGUAAGGGGGUUGAAGGCGGUUUUUUUUAAACGUACUUUAUGAAAGAAGUAUUUAUAUGCCGUAUAUAUUAUUGGUGUCAACUUUCAACCUAUUGUUAGGUAAUUAAUACCGAAAUAAUUGUCACUGACUGCUUUUACGUUUUUGAAGUCGGUUUUUUUAAACAUAGCCUAUUUAAUUUAUAUUGACUAUAUUUAAAUUAU